AUGGCAGCACACAUAACUUCACCUAACGAGCCAUUUCCACGGCCGGACGACAUCGCGCAAGCGACAACAUCACACCGACAAGGCUCAUUCAUAAUUUCAACGCGGAAACUACCCAUUUCUAAAGCCGGUCCUAUCGAAGCUUUGGAGCAAGAGCUAGGCAUUCCUGUGCCCGAGAUGAUCUUCGGCGACAACCUCGUUUCCGUGCGCCACGCGCCCUCCGGCUGGUCUGUCGAGUUCAACGCUCGUGAUGCUUUAGAUGCGGUGGACAAGACCGAUCGGAACAUGCUUCAGGUCGCUUACGCAAAGAGUUGGUCUGCUAGCCGCGAGCAGACCAGCGCUGGCAUUAAAGACGUAGUUAGGCCUUAUGAUUGGAGUUACAGCACCACGUACCGGGGCACCGUCGUCCCGCCCUCGUCUCGAGCUCCCCCGCCGCCGCUAGGUCCGGCAGCUACCGAGACUGACGCUAACACGGAGGAAUCCAAGAAACCAACCGAGCAGGUAGCAGAAAUAACCCCAAACAGCAAAUUCGACUUCAAGCCUUCACAAAACCCCAUCCCGAUCGAACUCCUAAAAAGGCGGGACCCGAUCCUCUUCUUCGACGAGGUCAUGAUGUACGAGAGCGAGCUCGACGACAACGGGAUCAGCGUCUUCAGUGUCAAGCUGCGCGUGCACGAGCGGCGCAUGCUGCUACUAGCGAGGCUCUUCAUGCGUCUGGAUAACGUCGUCGUGCGCAUCCGCGAUACGCGCGUGUACGUUGAUUUCGCGACCGAGGAGGUCACGCGCGAGUAUACGGUGAAGGAGUUAGGGUUCGAAGAUGUUAAGCGGAAACUGCUCAUGACAGGCCUGGUGCCUGACGCUGUGACGAUAGCGUUGCGCGACGCCAAUAAAAUCGCAGACUUGCUUCCUACGGUGGAGCAGACUUUGGAAAGCGUUUCGCUGAGAUCAUAA